AGAAAACGUCGGGGAAAAUCCAAGUAUCCUGCGGUUAAAUCGAGUGUUAAAUUCGGGGUCUCGGAGAAUACCUGGAGAAAGACCGUGUCUGUAGUUUUUGUCCAGUUAUAUAUAUAGGGUCAGAUCCUGGGAGCUAGGCUAAUUCAUAUCCGCCAUUAUUACUAAUGUAAAAAAAGAAGAGCGCCAUCCGCGGGGAGACGACGACGGCGGCGGCGGGCGAGGAGGCAGGAGGAGGUGGAUGUGGAGCGGCGGUUUUCCCCGCCGUCGUCGUCCCCCCGGGGUCGUGGUGGUCCCCGUCGGUCGGUCGGUCGGGCGCCGUUCGUCGGUGGCAAAAAAAAAUGUAUGAGUUGUGUCUUGUUGAGGGCUCGUUCCGUUUCCUCCAUGAUGCUCCCCGGUCGGAGCCGCCGCCGCCGCCGCCGAUUGAUCCGAGUCUCAGGGAUUUUUUUUCCGCCUCUACGAGGACACCUGGCGGCCUAGGAGGGGAACUGCAGCGGCCGAACAAAGGCGGCGGUGGGGGAAGCUGGUUCGGCUCCGCGACGCCCGAGACAGGACACAUGACCGGCAGGGUUUUAAUGUUAUUAGUGGGAAGCCUUCAGUCUCCCUCAGCAGCUAAUCUGGCCACGUUGCAGUCGUACCGGCCUCUCCUGAGCGACUAUGGACCUCCAUCUCUGGGAUUCUCACAGGGCUCUACUGGCAGCCAAGUGCCUCAGAACAAAUAUGCAGAGCUGCUGGCCAUCAUCGAAGAGCUGGGAAAGGAGAUCAGGCCAACAUACGCCGGGAGCAAGAGCGCAAUGGAGAGACUGAAAAGAGGGAUAAUUCACGCCAGAGGGCUGGUGCGCGAGUGCUUGGCCGAGACGGAGAGAAACGCCAGGUCCUAGCUACGAGCGCACACUCCUCCCCGCGGAAAAAAAAAGAACCACGUUUCAUGA